AUGUAUCACUCGCAUUUAAGUUCAGUAGUGAAAAGUUCGUCUGCAUCGAAUGACGCUAUUCUUAAAGAUGCAGUUGAUUCAAUUCGUCUCACUACUAAACGCCCAUAUCGCAUAUCCGCACCAACAAUCGCUUGGCAGUCGGGAACAGCAGUAGGCUCAACAGCAGAUAUUGAUCUAGAUGCAUUGGAUGCCGAAUUCGAGCGAUUAUCGUUUGAUUUUAAAGGUCAAUUAGCUGAAUUACGAAAAAAUCCUGAUAAUUUAACUCUACGUCACACGCUUACAACUACUAAAGAAGCUUUGAUACGUAUCAAAACAUGGUCAUCGCUAUUGAGUACAUCUGACGGUUUAGCUUUAGUACGAAAAAAUAUGGAACAACAACGUAAACAGGAAAUCCUCCGACGGAAAUAUGAAAUAGAUGAAAUACUUAAAAUCUCGAAAGUACAAGCAGCCGCUGAUCUGUGUUUUCUCAUUGAUUGUACAGGUAGUAUGAGAAAAUAUAUUGAUGCUACAAGAAAUCAAAUUCGUCAACUGACAGACGCUAUCGUUCAACUGUUUUCUAUUAAACCUCAUAUUGCAUUCAUCGGCUAUCGGGAUAUUGGCGAUAGUACGGAAAGAUUAGAUUUUACCGAUGAUGAAAACAUUUUUCAAGAAUUUUUAAAUAAUGUGCAAGCCAUCGGGGGUGAUGAUACGUGUGAAGAUGUGUUUGGUGGAUUAGAAGCAGUCGAACAACUUUCCUGGUCGAAUCCCAAUCGUAUUUUAAUCCAUAUAUGUGAUGCUCCUUGUCAUGGACGAGAGUAUCAUGAAUUUGAAGGCACAGCCAAUGAUAACUAUCUUCAAGGUGAUCCUAAACAUCGAGACUUAUCCAAAUUACUAUUCGCUAUCAAGCGCUUAGGUAUUACGUACUGUAAAAUUUCCAUUAAUGAUACAACGAAGAAAAUGUUCGAUGAGUUUUCUUUCAUCUUUGGAUCAAUAGCGGAGAUCCAUGUUGACAAUCCUACUUGUCUAAUAAGACGGGUCAUUGAAAAAACAAGUGCAAUCAUUCAAAGUAACAUUAAAUCUACCAUAUCUUCAUAUCAGAAUACGAAUAAACCAAUUAAGUCGUAUACAAUUGUUAGUCAUGAGCCUCAUUGGGAUCUUAUUGAAACACACGAUGUGAACAUUACAGAAGUCAUUCCUCCGAGCGAAAUUGAAGAUCUAUUUCUUCCAUUGGGUGUUAGUCAAACUCAAGGUCAAAUGAAAAUAGCACAACAUCCAUUUGCCAAAGGAUCACUUCGAUUUGCAUUCUACGGUCAGUUCUUGAGCGAGGAUUCUUCGUUUGUUGAUGUAGUUUUCAAAGAACUUGCCAAUACUGAUUCGAGAGCCAAUACAUUAGGUGUCUAUCGAGAACAUUUGGAAAUUCAAGCGAUUGCUCAGUUCUUAGCUGAAUUAUUCAACAAUGAACAGCAGCGUCUUUUCCGAAAUUUCAUUCCUGUUCUUUAUGCCGAUGCUGAUCUUGUCCAACAGAAACAAAAUCCAACGAAAAUCUAUCAAGUGGAACGACGUAUGCACCAAGAAUGGAGAAAAUGGAAUAACAAUAGUGGAGGCGUAUCUCUUAGCGAGUACUCAACACUUUUACAAGCAUUUUCGCACUGGACAUAUCAUGUCACGUCCGGUCGUUUGAUGGUUGUUGAUCUACAGGGUGUCAAGGUUGAUCGAGCAUACUUGUUAACAGAUCCGGCGUUGCAUUGUGAUGAUUUAUUACGUUUUCGAGAAACACGAACUAAUCUGGGUAAGAAAGGUAUGCAUCAAUUUUUUCAUACUCAUGUCUGCAGUGAUAUUUGUUCGAAAUUAAAUUUACCAAUAUCACAAUCAUCGUCAAGUAUAAGUUUAUUAUACCGAUCUGACUCACUUUUAUGCAAUGCUGAAACAGAAACAAUGGACGAAGCGAAUUUAGAAAUAACGGCAAAUAAAGAUUUUGAAACAAUUGAUCGAGAUCAAUUGGAAACUGUGGAAAAUUUUGAAUUAUGUUGA